AUUCCUUCAAAGCUAUUAGGGUUUCUCUAGCAGCGGCUCGAAGCGCCGGGAAAAAAAAAUUCAGUGUUACAGCGGCGGUAAAAAUGGUGGAAAAGGGCAGCAAGGCAAGGAAAGAGGAAGUCGUGGCAAGGGAAUAUACAAUCAACCUCCAUAAACGCCUGCACGGAUGCACCUUCAAGAAGAAGGCUCCAAAAGCCAUUAAGGAAAUCAGGAAGUUCGCCCAAAAGGCUAUGGGCACAACUGAUGUAAGAGUUGAUGUGAAGUUGAACAAACAAAUCUGGAGCCGUGGAAUCCGAAGCGUUCCAAGAAGAAUCCGUGUCCGCAUUGCACGCAAAAGAAAUGACGAUGAAGAUGCUAAGGAGGAGCUUUACUCCUUGGUAACUGUUGCUGAAAUUCCCGAGGGAGGUCUUAAGGGUUUAGGCACUCAAGUCAUUGAGGAUGAAGAAUAAAUUUAUUUUUCCGUUUCAAGUGUUUACUCAAGUCAAGGUUUUGGUGUAACAGUAAAUUGUUGAGACAAAUGGACCUUUGUUUCCUCUUCGUAUAAUGACAAGAUUCACUUCAAUGGAUGCUGUCAUGUGGUUUAUGAAUGCAUUUCAACCCUGUUUUAGACACAUUAUGAUUCUUGAAUUGAUAUGAUUUUGUUUGUA